CUUUUGCCGUGAUUGACAGCUCGCCCCGCCCGUCGCUUGCUCCGUCUCUGGGUUGAUCGCAUGAUGGGCGGAUCGGGCCGGAAGCAGCAUGGCGGCCUCACUGCCCAGGACACAGAUCCCGAGUAACAAUGCUGUGUACGAGAAAUACUUCCUCCAGGUGGAAUCCAAAAACUCUGGGAAAGUCUUGGCUGGAGAUGCGGCUCUUUUCCUGAAGAAGUCGGGGCUACCAGAUUUGGUACUGGGCAAGAUUUGGGAUUUGGCAGACACAGAAGGCAAAGGAUAUUUAAACAAGCAGGAAUUUUUUGCCGCGUUGCAGCUGGUGGCUUGUGCUCAGAAUGGAAUGGAGGUGUCACUCGGCAGCCUCAAGAAGGUGGUGCCCCCGCCGAGAUUUCAUGAUAUGGCAAGCCCCCCCCUGCUAGCUGCUCCGGUUCCUGUGGAUUCGCCGUGGCCUGUCAAGCCAGAAGAAAAAGCCAAAUAUGAUGCAAUAUUCGACAGUCUGAGCCCUGUGAAUGGAUUCCUGUCUGGGGACAAAGUGAAACCUGUGCUGCUCAACUCCAAGCUACCUGUGGAAGUCCUGGGUCGGGUCUGGGAGUUGAGUGAUAUCGAUCAUGAUGGAUUACUGGAUCGGGAUGAGUUUGCUGUUGCUAUGUUCCUGGUGUAUUCUGCAUUAGAAAAAGAACCUGUCCCCAUGGUAUUACCUCCUGCACUAGUGCCACCAUCCAAAAGGAAAACCUCAGGAGCUCCAUCAUCAUUGCCAAUCAUCCCACCUCUGCCUAUGCCUCCUUCUAAAGAGCCACGACACUCAUUGCCACCUGUAGGAAUUCUGCCCACAAAAGCACCCGCCACACAGUGGGUUGUAUCACAUGUCGAGAAAGCAAAAUAUGAUGAGAUCUUCGUAAAACUUGAUAAGGAUCAAGAUGGCUUGCUGUCAGGGCUGGAAGUCAAAGAGAUCUUCCUGAAAACAGGAUUACCUCCAGCGCUGCUUGCCCAUAUCUGGUCCCUGUGUGACACAAAGGACUGUGGGAAACUAUCCAAAGAACAAUUUGCUCUGUCUUUUCAUCUCAUCAAUCAAAAGCUUUUAAAGGGCACUGAUCCCCCCCAGUCCCUCACUCCAGAAAUGUUACCUCCAUCCGAAAGAUCAUCCACACCCAUGGUCCCCUCGGCCCCCAGUCCUGUUUCUGAUUUCUCAGCCAUUAAGGAGCUGGACACGCUGAGUAAUGAGAUUGUGGAUUUACAGAGGGAGAAGACGAACGUGGAGCAGGAACUGAAGGAGAAGGAAGACACGGUGAAGAGGAGGACUAGUGAGGUUCAGGACCUGCAGGAUGAGGUGUUGCGAGAGAACGCUAACUUGCAGAAUCUUCAAGCUCAGAAGCUGGAGAUAGAAGAGGUCCUGGCCGGGCUCGAUGAACAAAAAGCAACACUGGAGAGUCAACUACAGGAGCUGCGGCUGCAGUGUGCAGAGGAGACCAAGCUGAUCUCUUUAUUGCAAACGGAGGUAUCCAGCCAGGAGACGCAGAUUUCCAGCUAUGAAGAGGAAGUGAGCAAGGCCAAGGAGGAACUGAACAGACUGCAGGAGGAGACUGCACAGCUGGAGGAGAAGCUGGAGCAAGGGAAGGAACGUCUCACACCCCUGGAGCACCAGCUGCUCGAAUGCAAGGACGAGCUACGCUUAGCCAAACUUCAAGAUGUGAAGCCUACUGAGAACCAUGUAAAUGAUCAGUUUCAGAUCAACUGGCGUCACCACUUAGACCUGCCAGUGGUCAAUGGCACAGGAGAUCAUUCCAGUCUGAGUAACAGCAGCAGCGAGCCAGCAAAUCUUCAUGAAACGACAGAGUACGAAAGCUUAGCCCAGCCGGAAAAUCAUAGCCAAAGUUCCCCGGUGAGAAGCAGUCCAGAAAUCGCCCAUACCUCAGGGAGUGAGGGGGAAGAAAAAGACGAGGCUCCCAGUGUGCCAGCCCCAGCCGAACAGGAAGUUACUUUCCAUGUGGAUCCCUUUGAAGUGCAGCAAAGUGCACCUGCCGCACAGCCUGCCCCGGAAGCAGGGCUGGACUUCUUCCAAAGUGACCCUUUUGUUGGAAGUGAUCCCUUUAAAGAUGAUCCAUUUGGUAAAACAGAUCCAUUUGGAGGAGAUCCUUUCAAAGACUCUGAUCCUUUUGCCUCUGACGUGUUCUUUAAACAGUCUCCAGCAGAUCCGUUCUCGUCGUCAAAAGCCGAUCCGUUUUCUUCUACAAGUGCAGACUCUUUACCAUCUGCAAAAGCUGAAAAAUCAGAUCCAUUCUCCUCCUCCAAAGCCGAUCCCUUUUCCGAGGAUCCAUUUACAUCUUUCAAAGCAGAUCCUUUUUCUGCCCCGUUAUCAGACAGCAGCUUGCCCUCGAAUAAAGAUUUGAAGGCCAGUGACCCCUUCGCUCCUGGUGGUGGUACUUUUGUCCCAGCAACCAGUGAAACUGGACAUGAUGACCCUUUUGCUUCAGUCUUUGGAAACGAGUCAUUUGGUAGCGGUUUCGCUGACUUCAGUGCCCUUUCAAAGAACAGCAGCGCGGACUCAUUUGAAGGCACACUGCCCCUAAACGAAAAAGAGACACUAAGCAUCAUUAACACAUUUGAAGCAGAGUCUUCUCAGACAGACACUCCACCUGCAUUACCUCCGAAAACUGGAACUCCCACCCGACCAUGUCCGCCCCCGCCAGGCCAGAGGCCCUACUCUAAGCCAGAGGACUUGUUCAAGCAAGGAGACCCAUUCCAGGCAUUCAAUCUCAGCUUCCCCAGUGAAGUGGAGUCUGACAACUUCAUAGCCUUCAAAGGGACAGGCGAGGCCGAGAGUCGUAGUAGCUUUAACACUUACCAGUCUGAAGACGAUAUGAUCGAAUGGGCGAAGAGGGAGAGCGAGCGAGAGGAGGAGGAGAGACUACAGAGGCUAAAGCAACAGGAACAGGAGGACCUAGAGCUUGCAAUAGCUCUCAGCAAGUCCGAGAUCUCCGAAGCAUGAAACAUCCGGGCCAUCGGGUGUGAUAGUAAUAAAACUGUGUAGUUUCUAGAAAUAUUUAUAUAGUUUGCGACCUCUACCUAUGAAGUAUUUAAACGUCUCUACAAUCCUUGCUUGGCUAGAGAAGUCUCUGGCGUUGAAAAGGUAACGUCAUCUGCUUGUGUGUUAAACAUGGCUGAGGAGUGAUACUGUGUAUUUCUGUAUGCUGUUGUCCGACCUGUGCUCCAUAAAGGAGCUCUCCGCUCAGAAAUAAUACCCUGUGAUGCUUAGUACAUAGCCCGAGGGGGUGGAGCAGGACACUAGGAUUUAAGGAGUCCCUGUAUCAUGCACCACCGUCUCGGGCCCUGCCCCAGGUGGGUCGCAGUGUAUCGGUUUUGCCUGGAAUGCUCCUGCAAUAAAACUGUGCAGUGUUACUAGUUGCACCACGCUACAAACAGCUCCGUACAGCAUGUGAUAUAUCCCAGAAAUUGGGGGGUUUCUCCAAAUAAAGCCUUUUGACGGUAAUUGUAAAUCCUUGAUUUUCUCCUUUUUCAUAUUGUUAAAAAUGAUAGUUUGCUUAUUUUGGCAAAGCUGGCUGACAACCCAUAUGAUUGCCAUGACGGAAUGGGUCACCAGACUCCCAAAUUGCAGAUCUACUAGGUUUUGCCAUGAUUGCUCCUUGGGAGUCUGGAAAACGGUGAUAACCCAAGUAGGGGCUGUAAUGACUUCCAUAUUUGUUGCCAUCAAGCAAUACUGAAUAGAAUUUGCAUAUGGAAAAGGACAGGUCAAGGAUUUGCAUACAAUGUUAGGGUGCAUUGACGGCACCAUAUGUAUUUUGCAUUCCACAAAUGCGGAUGCGCAAAAAAUACAGAGGACGCCUGUGUUGCAUCUGUUUUGUUUGCAGACCCAUUGUAACGAUGCCUAUUCUUGUCUGCAAAAUGGACAAAAAUAGGACAUGUUCUGUUUUACUUGUGGGGCUGCCCCGUGGAAAUUAAUGUAGUGCCCCAUAACUUGUAAAAAUCGCAGGUAUCUUUUGCCACCACUAGAGGGAACCAUUCUGCAUGCAUCUGUAUACAUCCCCUGUUAAUGACCUGAAUUGCAGCUGCAUACAGAUUUUCCCAUUUGUGGCAACAGACAACCACGAUGUGUGUGGAGGAACAGUACUGUGUAUGAAUAUGGUUCACCAUAGCCAUAUCAAGUAUUUUAGAAAAACUCGCUAUCAUUUAUGCAGCCAUAAUAGACUGGUAGAUUCUCUUAAAGGGGUUG